AUGACAAGCCUGAAUCUGUUGCUGCUGGCAUGUUGCCUAUGUAGCAUAGGCACAUUAGGAGGUAAGAUACAAGCUAACACAUUACUCCUAUUUCAUCAAGUUAUGGUAAACACUUUAUAUCUCUUAUGUGGAUGCUGCACUAUUAUCGCAUGAUGAGAGAACAAAAUGUAACCGUUGUAACUGUAGCAAGACAGGAAAAAGUGAUACUGUAGUGUUUCCCUGAGCCAAUAGGAGUAAAUUUGGGAAAAAUAAAAGUUUAUAAAACCUCCAUUUGGAAAAGAAAGUGGGUGCAGAGGUUAGCUUGGCCUGACAUAACCCACAAUUCUUGGCAUUGCAAUAAACCACAGGUGUAAAAGUGUUAGUAGUAUUACCCCAGUUAAUAAAACUGUACAAGAAAAAGCAGCAGAAAUAUAGUUGCCAAUAACAUCUACACAAUGUGUCUUGAAUGUAAGGGACACACUUCAGAUGUCCAAAACCAAAAGUUUACAGGCACUUUUUGAGUUUUACUUGAGAAGCAGAGAUGCUUUCAGCUAGAGCAGCAUGCUACUAUGCUAAUGGUUAUUUGGUAAUGUUCACUCAGUAAGCAGGGUUUGCUAAUUUACUGACUCACUAAAACUUUGUAAGCCUGUAUGAAGACACAGUAAUGCUCUAAACUCAAUGCUUAAACAAUAUGCAGCAUGCUUGCUGUGAUGUGCUAACGUGUAUGUGUUUACCAUGUGUUUUGUUAACCUGGUGUUGUUGCUAACAGGGUGCUAAUAUAUGUUAAUGAGUACUGAACAGGUAGGACUGAACAGAAGACAUAGCUGGGGCUGAUGGGGUUUCUAAAACUACUUUUUUUUUUUACUUUUAUGUUUUUGCUUGGAGAGAGGCUAGGCUAGGUCAUCUGCUUUGAGAACUGUACUCUUUGUGCAUGGCUAUAGGGAUUUAACAGAGCUAAACUAGUGCCCUACCGUCAUUAGAAUGCAAAACAAUUUAAUUUUGAAUGAAGCAAAGAAGUUGGAAUUUAUGAUUUUUGUAAAUGAAUGGUGUCUUCAGUCAUUUUUUUCUGUUUGAUAGUGUCAAAAAACAAUAGCUGAUGAAACUAGAUGAAGAGUAACCACUCUAAGUAAAGACCUGCUGCCGAAAGCAAUCAAGGAAAUCAUCAGAACCACCCGAGGCAAAAAACACAGAAAUCAAUGUCCUCCUGUCUUUUGCAAUUGAUUUAAUAGCCAAUUGCUGGUACCUACCUCAAAGAAAGAAAUAUCUUAUUUUCAACUUGACUCCUGCCAUUGUCAGUUUUAAAAGCAUGUUUAUCAGUCCUCAGCAAGUGCACUCACUUGUGCUUUGGAGAGUUAUCAUGUCAUAAACCAGCUGAAAGAACCUGUCUAUUCAAAAAUCCCUUUGGGGCUUUUAUCAAAGUGAUGGCAGGAGAGGAAAACUUACAAAUGACAAUUUAUAUCUGCCUCUGUGUUUUAUUUCUGACACUUCCAUAAAGUAAAAGCAUUCACGGUGUGCUCAGGGUAUGCCUUCAUAAUCAUCUCUCCUCUUUUAGACAUCACUGUUGCUUUAGUCUCACUUGUUUAUCAGGUUAUCUCGGGAAAGAAAAAUCCAAAUCCCUGCUAAUUGUAAGAACCUCGCAGCUUCACCCAUCAGCAGCCAUGCUUCCCUAUGCCUAGCUAAUGGGGGUGCCUUGCUUGGUGAUCGCUGUCAUUUAUUGCUGUCAGGUCAGGUCCUGCUGGGCCCACAGCAAUGCCAAACGUGAUGAAUGCUGCGUCACCGGAGCCACUUAUUAUAAAUGCUUUUAACCUUCCAAUACUGAGGAGAGAAAAAUCGGUGGAAGUAAAACUGAAUAUGCAAUAGAGUGGGAAACGUUUGGGAAGGGUUACUCUGACAACUGAGAUGCAUGUUUGAAAUGAUUGUAUCACAGCCACUGUGUAUUUAUGCUGUAUAUUGGCAAUGCAUGUGUAGAUGGUAUUUGCUUUUAACUAUUGUACAGUUUAUACUGUAAAAUAAACUUAACUUAAUAAAUUUAACAUUUCUUGCAACUAUGUUUAAAAAUAGUUAAUAGUGCUUAACAUUGCAGAGGAAUACAAGAAACAAAGAAUACCCGAAUCUACCCCAACCCAAUCCCUUAUUCCCACCCUAUGAUCUAAGCAAAGCAGAAACAAGUAUUAAAAUGCAUUAACUUGAAAAGAGCUCGAUUUCAUAGAAACAGGAAUGUGCACACAGAAAAAACGCCAUUUUAAAAUUCAAGAUAAAUUUUAAAAUGAAACGCAAGAGUUUAGGUUAAAAUCUAAAAACAAAGUAACAAAAUGAAAUUUAAGAAAUGAUAAAUAAAAUGAAAUUAAAACAACAGUAAAAUAUACUAAAAUAAGAGCACCAAAGUAGCUCAAUAAACAGUGAUCCAGUCAUGAAAACUAGAAAGAGAUAAAUGCUAAAACACUUUAAAAAAAGGUUAAUGAUAAAAUUUUGUUAAGGGCAAGACUAAAAUGGUAUGUUUUGAUUUAACUUGUUGUUGCUUAUUUAAUUCACUGUAAAUUAUCAAACAGAAAUUAAAGGUUCGUUUAUCAUUUAAACCCAGCAUUUCACAAAAAAAGACAACAUACCAAGUGUUGAAGUUAAAAAGAAUCUUAUUGCUGUAUGAAAUAAUCAAGUUAUGACAGGGAUAUGUUCACCAUUGUGAAGCACCACCUCUUCUUUAAGUCAACAGUCUGAUUCCUGCAGUUUUGUAAGUGACUCUGUCGCAGUCUUGCCUGACAAAGGAUUUCAUUUGCUCAAUAUUUCGGGGUCUGUUGUCAGUGGGUGAGAAGCCCAGCAGGCAAACGAGUUUAGAACCCAGACUCUUCUGCUUCAGAGCCAUGUUGUUGUGAAUACGUCUUUCUAGUGGCUGAAAUAUGCAGUUUUCUUUGACUUAAGCAUUGUCUGGGUGUCUGGCUGUGCCAUAUGUGCUGUGGACAAUAACCCUCUGAAAUUUACUUAAUUAUAUAGUUUUUGUUGGUCUUUCUGCAAUGUUUGACUAUAGGCUACUUUGAAAAGUUUUACUUAUACUUGGACUGUUUAAUCUAGUACUGGGCUUUUUUUGUUUUGUUUUUUAUUAUGUGACAGACUCAGUUUUAGGUUAACUAACAGUAACAAGUUGUUUAUUAGUAUCAUUAACCAAUGCUUAUAUACUCAUGAGAGUGAGCUAGUAUCGUCCAUUACCAUUGAAGAGAAAAUUUUUAUAUUAACUUUUUCACAUAUUUUUUCAGGGAUGUGAAAUAUCAUCAAAAAUCCCAUCAAAUGUCAUUGUUGGCACAAUUCCCCUCGAUAUGUAUUUUUUUUUACUAAAGCACCUCUUUAUUGAUGACGGCACCUCAGUGGAUCUUCCUGGUUUUUCCUGAUCUUCCCGAGAGACAUUACCAGCAUAUCCAUUUUUUUUGUUUUGUUUUUGUACAUUGGUUCCUUUAUUGCGUCGUACAGUUUUAACCUGCAGUUUCUUCAUGCAGAAAUGAACUGUGUUUAAAGAUAAUGAUUUAUUAAAGUGAUUUUUAGCCCAUGCAGUGAUUUUUUUUCCCACUGCAAUCAUUCCUGUUUUCAAUGCAGUGCUGCCUUAGGGCCUAAAGAGCCAGUAUUGACUUUUACUCUUGUCUCUUUUGUACAGAGAUUUCUCCAGUUUCUCGGAAUCUUCUGAUAAAAUCGUAUUCCAGGGAUAUUUUCAGUUUUAAAAUCAUUUUCCUAUUUGCUCAUGUAGUCUCUGACAGAGUGAUUAGCUAUCUCCGUCUUCAUCCUGUGGGGAACUUUCAGUUUGUGUUAAUUUUGGCUCCCCCUGACAGAGCAGUCUUUGCUUAUCUUUGCCCUCUGCAUACUUGAGAAGUGACUUUUGAUGAAAAAUAUAAGUAUUCCCUUUAUGGUGGAUAUUUUGUGUGGGAGGUGUACAAACCGGGCUGUGUCUUUAGCUGCUUAUCAGACAAUGAUGUCAGGCAUUCAAAUAAUUACAAAAAUCAUCAAUCUCGAUGCUGAUGAUCUUGUGAGCUUUGGAUACUGUGAAAGACAUCCCUUUAAAUUUCAGUCUACUCUAUUUGCUAGUCUUUUUUAUUGGCUAUCACAAAAAAACAAAAUGAGGAUGUCUUCUAGUGACUUCCCUUCUAACUUUCAUGUGUUUUUUGGGUCCCAGUAAUGUCAAUGGGUGCUUGACUGUUAAAGAAAGAUAAGGAGGUUGUCUCAUUAAAGUUGUAGAAGUUUCCAGUCAUGGGUAACCCAGCCAUAGCUUAUUUGGCUAAAUCUUGUUGGGCGUCACAUCCCUUUUCAUUAACUAAUUCAAGGAAGUAUCUGCUCACUGUGCACUAUCGACUCAGAUGCUGAGCGAGAGGCCUCAUUGUUACUCAUAUCUGAAUGCACAGCACACCUUGGCUGCCAGUCAGUGCGCUUCACCCCCACUUGUCAUCAGUGUGAUGGGUUUUUCAAAGAACACCCUGCAGAAACUUCAGUGGGAAAAGUGUUUGGGUAUGAAUAACAAGUAGAGACAGAACCAGAAAUAGAAACUUUGAGUUGAAAAAUAAAAACACUUGGUCUUUUGUAGCCACAAAUGCAUAACCCAUUGAAAUGCAGUUUGACUGAUUUUGGACUGCUUUAAGUUUUAAGUGUGUCUGUCACUAAAAUCCUCUCACUAAAUGUCUCACAGGAGCAUCCGAAGUUGAGAAGGCUCUGAUGAACACUCUCUUCUCCAAUUACAACCUGAAGGUGCGGCCGGCAGAGCGCCCUGACGAGAGGGUGGUGGUUCGCAUUGGCAUGGUCCUCUCCUCCUUUGUAGGACUGGUGAGGCUCAAGAUCCAAACACAUGAUUACAGAUAAACAUACACAGCCAGUCCAGAUGAGAAGUAUUAAAGUUAGGUCAAAGGUCUUCAAAAAGAAAAAAGUAUGUACAGUGUUAGGUAGGGCCAAAGAAAUCAACCAAAGAAAUUCUUGGUCGACUAAAACCCGGAAAUUUUUGACCAAAAAAAGACGUAUCAGGGGGUUCCCAACUCCGAAGGCAAACCCCUCUGUGGUGGGUGGUGACACGGCUUGGUGGACCGUGGCUCGGUGGGGUGAAAGUAUAUACUGAUAUCAGCACAAGAAGGCAAUUAAACACAAAAGGCAAGUUGAAACGCUCAAAAUGAAAAAUAAAUAUUUAGCAAACCACCAGACGUUGAUUAACACGGAUGCCCUUCAAUCCUCCUCGGCCUCCAGUGGGUUGGGCGAAUACAAAAUGGUUAAAACAAGGGGGGUGUUCUGAGACAGGCUGUUACCUGUGAAAUGGGGGAGCUCUGAAAACACCCCCAUUAGCACUAGGUACGUUCCUCCUGAUGAAAUUCACCAUAGACUGUAAAUUGACAUGGAAAUAAAUCGAGUCUACUAAUCAGAAUUUUGGUCGACUCAGCACAAAUCUACCAAUUAGUCGACCAGUCAACUAAGACUUUACAGCCCUAGUGGUAAGGUGAAGUUGCAAGUGAGUUAUGUAUUUGUGAAGCUGUGUUAAGCUUGUGUUUUAAAAUGUUAGGCUGACUUUAUACUACAAAAGCUAUAAAGUUUGUGUCAGCUUUCAGAAUAAGAUUUUCUCCUGUGACAGUCGGGACAUGAAACCCUCUGAGACGCCUGCAACCCCCAUGCUUCUCCUCCUUUAUGACUUGACAUUUUACUGACAUUUCUCCAAGUUUCAUUACUGUAACAUCCCGAGCUCUUCUGCCUCAGGAACAGUCCUUCCUGUGAUAGAUACAUUUUUAAAAACCCAGUCUGAGUUUCACUGACAGACGUCUCCAUAAAAGCUUUAAACACACCCAAUGUGCUGGGGACCAAUGUACUCCCCCAAGUCCCACAUGACAGGAUGACAAAAUUCACUCAUUUUGGCAUAAAAGAUAGCUCAAAAUGUGGUGCUAGUUUUUAAUUCAAAAUGUUUCUUGGAGGUAUCUGCUUCUGAAGUCAGUGCUUUGGGCCACUAUAAAUGAAAGUCCUGCUUCUCACACACAUACACACAAACAUACACGCACACUCCACGGUUAUCUGUACCUAUACUUCCCCUUGGUGCUUUUUCUGCAGUACAUGUAUGCAUAAAACCGGCACUCACACACCUGUCACAUUUGCAUACACUGCUAUCAUGAGUACGCUCCCUGCACCUCCACUCAAGGUCAUUCUCACUCUGGAGAGCAAGUCACAUGGGGCUGAAAGUUCUGAAGUGGAACGAUCUUGAAAACUGACCCACUUGGAUACUCAGCCCCACUGUGCCCAGUACUGUUCAGCUGGAUAACAGCAGUGUCAUUAUUACCAAUGCCGCCCCCAGACCAGGGGUGAAUUUAGAGACUUACAGGAAGUAUCAUUGAUGAGAAAGGUGUGUGUGUUUGUGCCAGGGUGAGGGAGAGAUGGCUUAAGUCAACCUCCCUCUGCCCCUAACCCCCUCUCUGUUCAUGCCCCAGCUGUCUCCCUGACAUUCCUCCAAGUGUUUUAAAUAGCAGGCCUGGCUCAGGGAAGCUCUGCCUUCAUGUUGAAUACACAAUCACGCAUACAAGUGCAGACACAUUACGUGAGGGUCUGAAUGAACAACUUUACCAGCUCUCAGAUGAUAAUCUAUGUCCUGGAAGUAGCUGGAGUGUGUCCAUUACUGUCAAACAUACCAGAGGAUGCAGUCAGCUGUUCAGUCUGCUGGGUUAGAGUUACUGUCAGCAAGGACAGGCUGUGUUUCAUACGUGUUAUGUUGCGCUCGCUCAAUGUAUGUCUGACAAUGAAUCUUAGAGCUUUCAGCAGUGUUCAAAGACAUGUUUUUUUAAAGCAGUUUUGAGUCCAUGCAGUGAUUUCUACUACAGAGUCAGCCCUCUCUAAAUGCAGGCAUGUUGCUGGCAUACAAUUGAAAAUGAGCAUAUUCAUUUUAGUACCUAUAAAAGAUACUACAGAGUAGGACUGGGCAAUUUGGUAAAAAAAUAUGAUCACGAUAUAAUUUGUCAUAUCGUCCGAUUUGACAAAAAAAAAUUACUUCUAUCUAAAGCACCUGUUCUAAAAACUAAAGAAACUAGAGAUUAGUUCAACAUUUUAUUAACAUACAAAGUAAAAUACAAAGCAAAUUAAUUAAGAUAAACUUCGAAAAAUAUGCAAACUAUUUUUACUCAACAGUACAACAAAUAUAGAUAAAAACUAAAUCAUACAGUGAACUAGUUUACGGUCCUGAGUGUUUGAGUAUGUCCUGAGUAUGCAAUACCCGAAAUAAAGAAAUGGCCCCCUCUGGGAUAAUUAAGACACCUUAAAAUGUAAACAUUAGAUGAUGUAAACGUAGAUGAUAUGAUUGAUUGCUGCUUUGGUCUGGUGGCUGCACCGCUAGUUGUGGCUAAACUGUCACUGCUACUUGUGUUGUCAGCAUCAUCAGGCUGUGCAGACUCCACUUGCAUUUUCAUGCUUUCCACAUAAUCACUGGGGAAGUACUUCUUCAAAUGAUCAAACAGAUCUGUUGUGUUGCUGGUUUUUGAGGGCACCAACUGCUGACAUACCUUGCACAUCGGCUUAAUUGUUCGACGUCACUUUGGUGGUACCCGAACCACUGCCACACAACGUUUAAUAACUUUUCUUCUCAACAAUGAUAUCUUCAGAGGAUGACUCAAAGUCAUGGCUGACAUCUAUUUUGCUGUCUCAGCUCCAUGUUUAGCUUCACUGACAGUCUUUCGAUUUACUUCUUCUAUUUACUUCUCCAACAGUUUACAGAAGUGAGCAGCAAACACUUGUCUCUAAUUGGCUGUUGUCACACACAUUUCUGCCAUGUCUGAUCAAGUAAAUAUGCUCACAGCUGAUCACGACGAUCAAACUGAAAUUUAUCACAAUCAUAUAAUCCCCCAGUCCUACUAUAGAGUCAUAAUACUCUGCACAUUUUAAACUUUUUUUCUGAAAACUUGGAGACAAGGAUGAUUAGAGCACAGCUUUCUUUGCUAGUAUAGCAAAAUGAAGGAGUAAGUGUAGCACACCUGAAAUGCUGUGUCCAAUUGUGAGUGAUACAAUCCUAUGGUGGCAAAUCUUUUCUAUAUUUUCUCCUCCAGAAUAUGAAAAAUGAAGAAAUGAGCACGGUUGUUGUCAUGAAUCUGGUGAGUAUGUUUACAUGUCAACACCUCUCACCUCUUACUGUGUUGCUGUCUCCUCUGUCUGUACUCAUGUCAUUUCCUCUCAACUACAAUACUAUCACUUUUUUAACAUUAUUUACAGGAAUGGACGGAUUACCGGUUGGGUUGGAAGCCAAAGGAUCAUGAUGGGAUUGAGGUGAUGCGUAUCCCCUCCUCGAAGGUUUGGCUGCCUGAUAUUGUCCUCAUCAAUAAGUAAGCAUAAGCCCUGCACUCAAAGCAUGAAUUCAACAACACACGUGAUGAAAUGGUCAUUUUAUUGCCAUUUUUAGAUCAUAGUUUUAUAAUGAAGAUGAUUUCUUUAGAGGUCCUUCAAACUUCAAAUGCUGUACAAAAUAAAAUGAUCAAUUUAUAUGCGUACAAACAUUAAAAUACCAAAGCUAGGAGCUGACACAGGAUAUAUCAAUCAGAGCAGGACUAGUAAAUUGUUAUUUCCUCCCAGUUUAUCAUGUGGUAGCAUCACAGAAACAAUGAAGUGAUCCAGCUUUGUAAAGGCUGGACUUUUGAAGCCUCAAGUUUGAAAUAUUAGGGGCUCUAUCUCAAGCCAAAAGUCACUGUAUUUGGACAAGAGGGUGGAGCCAAAGAGAAUAAAAGGUUCACAGUUUUAAGCUAGUUCGUUGAAGUAAAGAAACUGGACAUUUCAAAUGCAUCCUUAUUAUUAUUAUUAUUAUCCUUUAAAUGAAAUUAGCUGAAGAGUUAAACUCUGAAUUUUUACUCUUUAUAAGCCUGAGCAAAAACUUUUUCUUUCUGUUAUUGCAGUUUUUAAGUAGAAUAAGUCAGAUUGCAGGACUGAUUUUCAUAAUCUAAAAUGCUUUGUGUAACAUGGGUGAUGACAUUUAAGUUAGGGUCAAACACACCGUAACAGAGAGUGGAAUGUUGCCGACUGCUCGCUUCCCUAGUUAUACCAACUCAAGCAAGGAAAGCAUGAAAGCAAUACAAGCAAUACACAGCGGUCUAAGGGCUCUAUUUUCGUGCCUCACCGGAGACGUGCUGCAGGCGCGGCAUAAGUCAGGUCCGCCACACCGACAAGGCGUUCCCAAGCACAAUUUGGUAUUUUGGUGAGCGGCGCAAGUAUCCCCCCUCCCUAAUUCAGCUCCUCCCAGAGGUGUAAGUCGUAGCUAGGGAGGAGAGAGGGUGUGGAGUGGGUUUAACUCAGCCGAGAUCACAUCAUAUAUUCCAAAAAUGGCAUUAAAAUCGGAACCAUCUGUGCAUAAAUGGCGCAUCGCGCUCCGUGGCCUGGCACUUUCUUUCAUAGAUGUUGGCAUAUAAAAUAAAUUUGGCUCACAAAACUGAAUAUAACAAUAAUCAUAUGUAGGCUUAAAGUAGAUAACUCAUCUGAUCACUGAAACAAAUCAUCUGUUCAGCUGCAGCAGGAUGGGGAGAGGACACAGAGACAUGUCCAGAUCAAGCUGCACGAGAAAUAAGAGGAAGAGGAAGAAAGAAAAGGAGGGGGAUAAAUUACAUAUCUUGUUAACUUCAUCAUGUGUGUUUAUUUACUAGAUAUUUAAUUUAAUGUGGUUUCAGCUGUCUUGAUUCAGUCAGGUUGUGUGUCCAAACGAGUGCCAAACCGCUCAUCAGAUCAGAUAUAGAUCACAAUAUAUCUAUAUAGAUCUAAAUGUUUGUGCUGACUCAGAUCAUUAGUUGUUGAUGGUUAUUUAUUGCACUGAAAUGUGCCUGACACUGUAGAAACCUGCUGGUGAGGCAUUGGUGAUGUAUGCUGAUACGCUGCCAGUCUACCAAAAUACCACUAGACCUGCGCUGAAAGCGGACCAGGUUUGAAUUGGUAAGCUUUCAGCACACUUUACACGUCGGUGGCGAGCACGAAAAUGUCACUGCUGCAGCUGGUUCUGUCGACACCUCCCUCUGCCACGCCACCACACCCUGCUUGGUGGAUCUCGGUGUGCUUCAGUUCACAAAAAUACCAAACUGGCUGUAUGCCGGGCUCUGCCAGACAAAAAUACCACUGCGUGUGGUCCGCCGCACCUAACUUCAUCAACAGUGCAUAUAGAGUCCCAGCCAUAGCACUAGCCACCAAACAUUUUUUUAACUUUAAAUUUAUUUAGCAAAGAGACUAAACACAACUCACCUACUCUCUCCCAGCAGUUGCUUGAUUGUUUGGGAGCGUGGACAGUCCAUCACAAAGCGCAGUGGGUCAUUUCCUUUAAGUAAUACUCAUCAUAAUAAUCAUUUUGCACUUUAGACCCAGUAGUUCUUCUGCCUUAGCGUCUCAGUCUGAUUGCAUUUACAUGAAGAAAUGAUCAUAAAUUUUCUCCCUUGAGCUGUGAAACUGAGCAGCACUUCAACUUAGUUUUACGCCAGAAUAUCCCUUUAAUGACUGUGUAUUACAUGUCUAGGCAAAUUCUAAGUUCUUCUCUAGUAUAGCAUGAAAAUUAAAAAUUAAAAAAAUAGAUACGAAACAAUUCCUAGAUCAGACUGUAAACGUAUUUAAUUCUGCUGUAAAGUUGUUCAUUUGUUGACUGGGCUCAGUGGAAACUGACUCACUUUCAGAAACAGCUUUCAGUGCUCACAUUGUGGUUCUGCUACAGCUCUAAUGUGUCCCUUUUUGCAUCUUAGAUUCCCACGUGAAUGCUUUUGCCAAAUGAACACUGGCUUUAAAGUUCAGUACAGUAAAGUUAACAAGUGGUACGCCAAAUUGAAAUACCCUCAGGAUGAUAAAUAACCCCUUUUAACUUCUAGUGGGGUCCUGACAACACUACCGGGAAUCUAGUUUGCAUGUUCUCCCACAAGCAUUGUUAAUAUCAUCACUUUUGCCUGUGGUUCAAGUUACUUUGUGGCAAUUGGCAACCAAGAGAUGCUCUCACCAGAUCUGGUGCCAUUGCCUGGAUUGAAGGACAGUACUUUGACUGAGGCUUGGCAGCUCUUAAGGCUGCUGUCCCACUUCUGCCCAAUAGCUGACAUAAUUUUGCUGAUUCUAAAAGCCAGCCUGAUGGACACUCAAGCUUUUUGCCACAGUGUCAAAAGGCAGUGUUGUAAUGUUCCAGUCUCCUCUCUGCAGAUUUGCUGCGAAGGAUUGCUUGAACUUGUUAUAAAUUUUUGACCAAUCAGAAUCAAGAACACAGCAGGGUUAUUUUACAACAACAAUACAGUACAGUUCAUAUUUAAUGGAAGAACUCAGACGCAGUGUUGAGUUGGAUAAUUUAGACAUCUAGACAGUAAGUGGAGUCCCUUUCCUUACACCCAUUUACACACUCCCAUUAACACCACUGCUUCAUUCAUCAACACUUUAUAGGCAAUUAAGCAGCGUGGCUCCCUAAAACUGAGAUGAUGGCCUUGCUCACUUGGAAACCUACACACACACACACACACACACACACACACACACACACACACACACACACAAAUAUAUACAUAAACACGAGAGCAAUAGCAAUGCAUAUGUUUUUCUGCAUGCGCGUGAUCUGUGUAGGUUAACAGAGCACCAGCACCUUGCUUGUAAGGCUGUUGUUCUUCAAGGGCCCACUUUAAGGACUCAGACUUAAAUUAACAGAGCCAUAAACUCCAAACCUAUUGGACAGUUAAAUCUGGAUCUGACUGACUUGAUAUCCCUGUUGUCUUCAGUGUUACGAGCUUAAUAGCCAAACACAUUGUACCCACCCCACGUUAAUGUAGUGCUGAGAAGUGUUCUGUUAAGUGUUUUGAGUUCCUUCAUUGUAUCUGUGUCAGCAAGAGUAAUACAGUGAGCUUAAACACGGGAUUGCAGCAGAAUGUUUUUGUAUGCUGUAGCUGUGGUGAGAGAAAAGAAGAUGCAGUGUGACUUCAGAAGGAAGACAUCAUGUAUACUGCAGAUACUUUAUGUAAACUGGAGCUUUACCCCAACUUUUUUUAUAGCUUAUUGUGCUCUUCCUGGUCACAAUCAAAAUGCUGCAUGGUCAGGUCAAAAGUGGAGGGAUGACAUGAUACUGCUGUUAUACAUGGUAUGUGCAGGACAGUUGGCAGUGUGAGCUGUUGGUGUUCCUAAUAUUGGCUUUAAAUUAAUGGUCCAUCUUACACCUGAGCCUUAGAACAACACAGACGUGGCUGAAGUUUCAAGACCGCAGUGUGUAACAUUGUGCUAUUGUUGAGAUAGAAACAUGGAUACAUAAGGGUUCACAAUGUGGAUUCCUCUGCUCAAUAUAACAGGAUGCUGCUGCUCUCCAACUCGUAAAGAAAUAUUGAUGUAUUUUGUAUAUUUCCUUCUACUGUGAAAUUGAGUUAAUCGUUUGUAGGCAUAAGUAUAAUUUUCCCUUGUCUCCUGAUAUAAUGAUGCUACUUCUGGUAAAGACGACAUCUAAGAGCAUCCGUAGGUGCUUUAAAGAUCACUUCAAAAAACAUGAAUGUUGUUUCAGUGGUGUUACUCACUCGUUUGGGAAUUUUGUAGCCUAUUUAUGACUGAUUUGCUAUUUUCUUUGAAGCUCCUUGCUAAAUGUGAUAAAAAUGUUGAUAAUGACUACCGCUUUCAUUUCAAAUACCAAUGGUGGGUGGGGCUGGGGGUGUAAUGAAUCAGCUGUGUGAUCAGGGACAAUAACUCACUAAUUAAUCAGCUGUGUGAUCGCCAACAAUAACUUGCUAAUGCCAAUAUUCCGCUAAUACUAAUGCUAAUACUCCGUGGUGUGCCGCAUGUGUGUAUACUGAUACAUCCCAGCCUCAACCAAGUCUCCUGAAGUAGCUGUGCAGGGGCACUGAGUUGCCUACAAUUUGACAGUAAUUCUGUCUAGAUAUGACAAAAUGAUGAAAACACAGCAUUGUUUAGCACUAGUUAAAAGCAUCAAAAAUGCUUUAAUUAAUGCUUUUGAAUACAUUUUUUUUUUAAAUGCAAUAAUACCAAAAACCAUGAAUAUUUUGGUCACAAUCACUGUAAGGUAGAAUUUUCAUACCGCUACAUCCCUAGUUACCACACAUCACACAAGUUGGCUGUGCCUUUAAAUCAAAGCUGAUUAACCCCUAUCACAUUUGACUCAGUGUUUGUGACCUAUUCAGGAAGAUGAACAAUCCAAAAAGUCAUCUUAACUUAUCCAGUUAUCAGUGUUAAAAGGAAAGCUGCUAAAAGAUUGGGCACGGUAUCAUCUAUUAAAGGGAAACUCACCAAAUCAACAACACAAUGAUUUUUCAUUGUCUCACAAAACUGUCAGUUUGACCAAUUUUAACUGGAGUACAACAAUAAGAUGUUUUUGCAGCAUGGUGAAUGGUCCAACUGUUAAUGAUGCAUUAAAACUGUUUCAAUUAGCUAAAAAUCUGAUGUUUUACUGUAACCUCUGUUUGCAGUAAUGAUGGGGUGUUUGAUGUGGCCCUGCAUGUCCAUGUUCAGGCUUACAGUGAUGGCAGAGUGACCUGGACCCCCCCUGCACUCUACCUCAGCUCAUGUGGAGUUAAGGUGAACACAAUAAAAUUAGAUAAACUAACACUCUCCAUGUCACUCCAUGCUUUACUUUUUUUUCUAACUGUAUUUCCUCCCUGAUUCUUCAUUGUUUCGUGUUUUUAUCCAGGUCACAUAUUUCCCAUUUGACUGGCAAAACUGCACCAUGCAGUUUCGCUCAUACACAUACGACUCAACAGAGAUUGAUAUCCAGUACGCAUUGGACUCCAAAGGCAAUGAGAUCAAGGAGAUUCAGCUGGACGAAGCUUUUAGUGGUGGGUAACACAUGGCAGGGCAGAAAAAUUUCUGAACCAACAUCACAGGAGUGUUUUACUCUCUAUCUCCUCAUAUUGUCAGCAAAAGUCACCACUUUUCUUCUGUAAAUCCCCAAACUAUGUCUCCAGAGGGCGGUGAGUGGCACAUCAGACACAAACAGAGCAGGAAGAACACGAAUGACGAUCAAUAUGAGGACAUGACCUUCUACCUGAUCAUUGAGAGGAAGCCUCUGUACUACGUCUUGAACAUCAUCCUCCCCUGCAUCCUCAUCACCAUCAUCGCCAUCUUUAACUUCUAUCUCCCUCCUGAUGCAGGUACACCACAAUACAGUUAGUCAUCUACAGCUGAAGAUGCGUAAAAGUUUACAUUUAGUUUUGCUUUAGUAAGCAUUAAACUGCCUUAUUCUUGCUCUAUAAAACUGCCAGGACUAUUUUCCAGUUGUGUUUGUGUGGUCUGUUUUAAUUGGGCUAUCACAUAUUUGUCCAAUUACUGGCACAAAGGGAUUCAAUUUCAGAUUACAGGGUUAAUUAGCAUAAAGCACUGCUAAAUCAAUAACCUCCAAAAUUACAAAAAAGUAGAAAUGAGCCGCUCACACACAGAUGCUAAUCAGCUUAAGACUCUGCUUUGAUCGCACACAAGUUCAAACAAGAUUCCCCUCAAAGAUUUUACUGUUUAAAAAGAUUCUUUCAGUCUCUAUGUGUUCACUGCUGCACUUUUACACAUGAAUUUAAUUUAUACAAACAGUGUCACUGAUCCAGAUCAUAAGAAGUAACACAAACUUCAGCUGUUACUCUCAGGAGUUAAACGUAAACUGGAUUCACUAAAAGUAAAAACUAAUUCACAGUAUUUUGACUUGGUGGGUCAGAAAGUGGCAGGGAAAGACUGUGAGGCAGAGAAGUACAUCCUUUUAUCUCCUCCAUAUUUUUUCAAUCAGCUGCAAGCCGACACAUUAAACAUUUACUUACACAGGGGCAAAGGAUGGAAUCAAAGUCAGGCCCUCGGAGCUGGAGAAGCAAAAUAAGCCUUAUAAUAAUUAAAUAUGAGUAUUUUCAAAUUCAUCUCACUGCUCCCCAAUGAAGACAAGUGGUUUAAAUUAUCAUUAUAUUUGAAGUUUGGCUUUUUAGCUCAGGUCUAUUGUCAUUGGAUGGGGGCCACCUUUAUAGAUAAUCUUUAUAGUAGGUAGUGGAGUCGAAAUCAGUACAAAAUGCAAGUUUUAACUUGGCAGCUGACAGUUUUGAGUUUUGCUGAGUAAAAUGUGCAUUUCAAACAGUAUUGUUGUUAUUUUGUAUUUCAUUGUGGUGUCAGCAGGAGCAGCUUCAUUGGUGUGACAAAAGGGACAAAACAGACGUAUGAGUUAAAAAAAAUGCCAUAGUUCAUUAUUUUCAUAGAAUAGAUAUUACUUGUCAUUAUGCAGGCUUAUACACAACAAAAUUAAAGAGGCUGCUCGACAGGUGUGUUAUAAUAAAAAUAUAAAUAUGUUUGUCCAGCAUACAAUCUUAAAAACAACGAACAAGUACAAGUAUAAAGACAUUCUCACAGCCCCAAAAUAAUAAAAACUACAUUCGUCUCCUGUAGGUGUAUUCAUUUUGGUCGAGUAAGCACCAAAUUUACUGCAAGUUAAUGUAAUGUAAAAAAGAUCUAGUCUGUCUGGUCAUGCUGUAAGAGAUAGAGGACAUGAAGACAUUUUGUGCUUGGGUAUUUUAGACUCAUUAUGCCAACUCUUUUCUAUUCUAGCCUCUGUUAUCUCCUCACCCCUGAUAUUUGGACCAUGAAACCUCAGUUUAUAGUGAUGCUCAAAGUGUAUUGUCUUUCCCCAAAGGACAGAGACAAGUCAGCAUUACUAAUUUUAUUAUCUUGCUGGUUACCAAGAAAGGCUUCCAUGUUGAACUUUGGUGUAACAGUGUUCCUCUCUCUGCUUCAAUGGUUCCACAAUGUGGGUUCAUGCACUUCCUUAUUUCACAUCUAUUUUCUUUUUACCCACUAUGUCUGUCCAAUCGGAGGUAAACAGUGUGUAAGAGACCUCUGAAUACACCUGGGACACCUUGCUCUAUAGGCCGAUCAGCUUCACUUACACUGGGAGAUGAAUUUUCCAUUAGAGUCAUUAUAAGUAAAUUGCUCAGAACAGCUGCAGCUAAACAGUAGAUCUCACUCUGGAGGAGGAGGAGGAACAAAGCAAAAUGACUCGUAACCUCCAUAGAAUUAAACACUGAGAGCCCACUUCUGUGGAAUGCACUUUAAAUCAGAACCAGAGGGAAACAAUGAAAGCCCCCUAUAUACAAUUGAUUUUUUCCUCCCACCACCAGGAGAGAAGAUGGGUCUGUCCAUCAAUGUGUUGCUCACCCUCACUGUGUUCCUGCUGCUGCUGGCUGAUAAGAUCCCAGAGACCUCCCUGGGUGUCCCCAUCAUCGUUAACUACAUCAUGUUCACCAUGAUCCUGGUCACCUUCUCCGUCAUCCUCAGCGUGGUUGUCCUCAACCUGCAUCACCGCUCGCCAAACACACAUCGAAUGCCCAUGUGGGUCCGCAUGGUGAGAUCCCUGCCUGCACACUUUAAGUUUGUACCAUAUUUAAGGAUGAAUCACUGAUUUAUUAAGUGUUUGACCUGAUUAGUUGUCACUGACUACAAGCCAGGUCAUCUGCUUUUUCAUUGAUCCUUUUGAUAUAACUAGACUUAAUUUAACUGAGACUUCAUCCCACACUUGUGAACAAGACUCUGAGAUGCUUGAUGGUUCUCAUCCCUGACCCUGAUAAGGCACUCCACCUUCAAAAUCUAGUUUGAUAAAAAUUUUACUCAGCGCUCUGUUUUUUUUAACACAAAUAUUUAUCUUAUCUGUGUAAGUGCUCAUUUAUCUUUCUUUUUUAUUUACUUUAUUGACAGUCUGUUCAUUUUUGCACUGUCUUCAGUCUUGACACAUGUUGUUUAUUUCAAACCUUAAUAACAAGGCUAUGAGUCAGGAUGCUUGGACAUGUUGAAAUGGCAGCUUUUCUUUGAGAAAAAUAAAAAGACAAUCGUGCAGCACAGUUGUGUCACAGCUGUUUGCACGCGCAGUGUAAAAGUUGUUAAGGCUGAUACCACAAUCAAGAUUUAAAUUUCUUGUAUGACAGCCUUUUUUUGUAUGACAGUCUUUGCGGAUGUCCUUGCGUUUUUUUAACUGUCUAACUUGGCUAACAGACUGGCCGUGAUUGAGACCAAGUACGUAAAGUUGACCCAGCAAUUUUACAUCAUUGGAAGAAAUGCCCCCUCGUUAAUAAACACCUUUGAAGAAUGUUCUUGAACCACUGAUUAUUUUUAUUUUUCCCUAUUGUACAUUUUUACUUAUCAAUGCCUUUAAUAUAUUUUCACUUUGCUCUGUAUUUCCAUUGCAAGUUUGGUCUUUAAAUUUCUUUUAAGGUGAUAUUAAAAAGGUCUUUAAAAGUCUUAGCUAUAACCUCUUCAUAUCUGUAGUCACCCUGUGUACACAAUGCUCACGCGGUCCUGUAAACACAGAAUAUAGUUAAAUCAAUCUGCUUUAGGCUAUGCUAAGUGGCUUGUUGUCAUGUACUGAUACUCCGGGCUCUAUUUUCGUGUACGCCGGUGAGGCGGCAGAGGGUGGCGGACCCCGCGCAGUUGUAUUUUCAUUUGGCGGAGCCCGGCGUACAGCCAGUUUGGUAUUUUCGUGGACUGAGGCGCACGGAGGAGAUCCGCCAAGCUGGGCGUGGUGGCGUGGCAGGGGGAGGUAUCGACAGAAUCAGCUGGUGCAGUGACAUUUUCGUGCUCGCCACCAGUGUAUAAAGUGCGCUGAAAGCUCGCCGAUUCAAACCUGGUCAGCUUUCAGCGCAGGCAAAACACAGCUGGUCCAGUGGUAUUUUGGUAGACCGGCGGCGUAUUGGCAUACGUCACCGAUGCCUCACCGGCAGGUUUCCACAGUGUCAGGCACAUUUCAGUGCAAUAAAUAAUCAACAACAACUAAUAAUCUGAGUCAGCACAUACAUUUAGAUCUAUAUAGAUAUAUUCUGAUCUAUAUCUGAUCUGAUGAGCGCGUUUGGCAUGCGUUUGGACACGCAACCUGACCGAAUCAACACAGCUGAAACCGCAUUAAAUUAAAUGAAAUAUCUAGUAAAUAAACACACAUGAUGAAGUUAACUAGAUAUGUAAUUUGACUCCCUCCUUUUCUUUCUUCCUCUUCCUCUUAUUUCUCGCGCAGCCGGACCUGGACAUGUCUCCGUGUCCUCUCCCCGUCCUGCUGCAGCUGCUGUUGCGGCGAUUGAACAGAUGAAUUGUUGCAGUGAUCAGAUGAGUUUUUUACUUUAAGCCGAAUACGGUAAAGAGCCAGACCAUGGUGCGCGAUGUGUCAUUACGCACAGAUGGUUCCAAUUUUAAUGCCAUUUUUGGAAUUUAUGUUGUGAUCUGUGCACACAACCCACCUUUGUCACGUGAGGUUUAAAUAUAUGCAACUUAUUGUCAGUGUCUUUAUUUGUGGAAAAGGGUGUUUGUCUUACUAGUGGGUCCAACAUUACACACACCAAAUCCAUCUGUGCUCAUAUGAGAGAGUGUGGAGGAGAGGGAGUGUGGAGCGACACUUGUUGAGAAGCUGCCUUCUGUCACCAUCGUGUGGCAUUACUGUCUUCAGCCAUCUCUUGAUCUCUUUGACUACUUCAUGAAAAUAGUAAUACGCCUCACCGGUGGCAGAUUUAAAGACGAGGAGAGGAGCUGAUGUUAUUGGUCAAUACAGGUCUUGGCUGUGUUAAAUCCACUCCAUGCCCUCUCUCCUCCCUCGCUACGACUUACGCCGCUGGGAAGAGCUGAGUUAGGGAGGGGGGAUACUUACGCUGGGCUGCGCCUCUCACCAAAAUACCAAAUUGUACUUGGGAACGCCUUGUCGGCGUGGCGGACCUGACUAACGCCGCACCUGCGCCGCAUCUCCGGCGAGGCACGAAAAUAGAGCCCUAUGAGUUAGUAUCUAACUGAUACUUGAUACCAGGAUUGGAUCAGUGCCUCCCUAGUUUGAGCAGAUUUGCAUCCUUUACUUCAAAACUUAUGUAAACAUCAAAAACAUGAAAAUGUUGGCACAAGUAUGUUCUUUUACGUUAGCGCUUUGCGUAAGGAAUAUCUGCACUACAGAAACUCCGAUCUGACUUAAACUAUAACUGUGCCUAACUUCUUGUCCAUGUUUAAUCCACCAGUAAUGAUUCAUUAAACUCAUACAAGCCUUAAUGAUCACCAAACAUCAAUAAGAGAUGGGAAGUGUCACUCUUUCAACACUAUCCCUGGUGUCACAGUCUGUUUUAACACACGCAUCAUGAAACUGGACCCACAUUGCAGGGAUUUAUAUCCCCUUGUACUGAUGCAGCCACUGUGAUUUGUGACCUACAACACCAACUGCAUCCUGGUUAGGGCAGUGAACACACUCAUAAAGGGCUGUGCCUCCCUCUUAUGUUAGAGUGGGUGUCAGUGUUUACUGUUAAAGCGCAUUGGUGCACAGCUAUCAGGGAAGUUGGAGGGUUUUUUUUUCUGUUCUGGUUUGACAAGUAACAGCACUGCAGGGAUUUUCCUCUGCGUUCAAACAGGUCUGCUCUGCUGUAAAGUGUUUCAACUGAUGACUCGAUGAAUAGAUGGACAGAAGCAGUUCUGGCUGUUGCUCGUCAUCUAAAAAGUCCUUAACUUUUUUUUUUCUUGUUUGAUAUGCCUUUACCUGAAAACAGCCACUUCAGGAAAAUAGUAUUGUGUUGUGUUUAGUUACUCCUGAAAAGAUACAGGAGAUGCAGGAGAAAAAUUGUCGAGCAGGAGAAAAAAUGAAAAUAGAGAUCACAGAGAUUCAGUCAGAAGCUACAAUAUACUGAGUCCUGUACACAAAGUAUUGUAAAAUCACCUUUCUCUGCUUGUAGGCACAGACCUGAGUGAGGUCCAUGAAUCACAGGAAACACAAUUGUCAGUAAUAUCUCACUUUUACUACUCAUGAAUCACUGUAGAGGGGAAUCUCAAAUCGUACAUGCACAGAUCUAUAUGCACAGAUUGAGCGCUUUACAUAUGUUUAACAAAUAACUACUCCCUGUGUAGUCAUAAUCUUCCAUAAGGAGACGGUGAAAAUGCUUGUAGCUGAGUUCUCUCCUCAGGUCACCUUACCAGGGUCCUCUGGGUACCCUGCAGCCUCGGUGCUUCUCAGCUCCUCCUCUUGUCCAAUUACAAAGUCUCCCAGCCCUCUCACUUCAGCCUUGAUGUUUUUUUGUUUUUUUUUGGAUGCUCUGUGCUGCUGUAAUCAUGUCACUGUGCAUUACACUGGGGUCUGCCAGAGUCCCAUAUACACAAAGCAGCAGCGCUUAGUGAGUUACAGCAGCCAUCAUUGUGAUAGAAGGGCUCUGUAGAUAAAGUGGGGCUCUCCUGGGUGCAGUUUUUCUCUGUUAUUCACAGCUGAAGAAGUGCCAAGUGAAUGAAAAUCAAAGAGGUUUCAUAUAAGGUCAGCAGACAAUAUUGGACUGACAAUAUCGUGUCGUUUUUUUUCUUUUUCUUUCCUUGUGCUAGGGAUUUCAAAUUUGGUUUGUCUCUUGUUCAGACAGUUUUCUACUUUGGUCCAGUCAAAAAAAAAACUAAAGAACUUUGCAGAUUAUUUCCAGAAAGUCAUGCCUAGAGAUCUCCAUCACUUUUACUCUCCUUAAGAUUUUUCUAUUCUGCUUCGUUAAUUUCAAAGCACUAAUCAUCUAAUAGUGUUAAGAUGGAUGCUUUCCCCGACUUUUCUUUGUUAUAAACUUGAUCUUCCACUUGUUUCCUGCCCCUUAAGCGGGUCAUGAGGCAACAUUUACAUCCGCAGUAUUUCUUUUACAGAACAAUGUUUUUUUCCCCCGCUCAGCCCAAAAAAGUCUUCACUAGGGGAGCCUUUUAUAAUCUCUUUUGAGUUGAGUCAAGGAACUCUAGUGAGGUUUUCUUACCCUAUAGGCAAAUAAUUAAGGUAUUAAUUUUAGACCUAAUAACAUAAAAUAGGACAGUAUUUUGGACUUUUCAGGUGAAUGUGGUAUACAUUUGGUGUUUAUUUAAUUUAUUAAAUUUCCCUUUGGGCUCCUUUUUUCUGUGUUGUUUCUGUGGUGUUUUCUUACCGUUAGACUGUCCACUUUGUUGGUUCAAUUUGUACUAAAAGUUGUGACGUCGUCCCUAAGAGAUAUCUAUCAGCUGUGUGUUUAUACAGGUUCAUGUGGUGAAUCUGGCUCACUGUUUGGCAUGCACAUUUUGAACACUGCAUCUUAGAGCCCCUUUAGUGAGGCAGCUGCGCUCAUCUGUGUGUGUCUACUGUAAUACAUGGGGAAAAAGCUCAGCAGAUAUGACAGGUGUAAAGGUGUACUAAAAAAAUGAGGAUAUGAGCAGAACGCCAGCUGAGGUCACAUCAGAAGAAAACGUUUGAUUCAGAAUGAAGGCCAAGUCAAAACUGCUAAACAGGUCAAGUUGCUCCAGCUCUUAUUACGUCUCUGUUGUAGCUACAGUGCAGCACCAUUCUUACCAAUGGGCCAUUAUUGACAUCCAUCUGUCAAUACAAUCAAGCCAUAAGUCAUUUCAAUGGAGUGAUAUCUCAGUGCUUUGGAGUGCAGAUAAAGAGCCAUUCACAAAGGCAAACAGCAUUUAUGGUAUUGAUCAAGACUCACAUUUAGCCCCAUAAUUUGACAUUUUAUGCUUAAGUCCAAUUCAAGUGUAGUCAUUCUCUUCAAGGCUUUGCCAGAGAAUCCAGAGCCUUUGCUGAAGGGCACCUUGAGAGUAGACAUUGAGGAAUUGGAACGUGUCACUCAUUUGGUUUCUCCACCCACAUCAUUCAGCAGCGACUGUGCUCAAAGGUUAUCUCACUGCUAAAUUGAACAUUUGGACUCAUUUCUCAGCCUUAAUAGGCAAAUACAGGACGAGUACAUUUCAGCUACCUCAUAAAUCAUGAAGCAGUAGGCCAAACAAAUGGAUUUCUAUUAUAGAGAAGAUAUCUGAGGUCUGGAAGAGCCCAAAUGCACAGAUAAACAGCUGCAUAUUUCUCAAUGCUGAUUAAAGUCAAAUAAAAACCUUCAUGUACUCUUUUGACAUUGAUUAAUAUUACAUUGGGGGGAGUGCAAAUAAGCAUAUUUUCCUUUAAGAGGUGAAGAUAACUGCUUUUAAUCUCUCUUUCAGAUUUUUAUCCACAUGCUGCCACCUUACCUAUGCAUGCUGCGGCCAAAAGUAGAGACACCCCUGUCUUUGGAGGUCCUACCCCGCCGAGAGAAGAAGAUGGUUGCCAUUAACAAAGCCGCUGAUGAAUACUUCAUCCGCAAGCCUGACUCAUCCAUCCUGUUCCCCAAACCUAACAGGUAAGUGUAGACCCACUCUGGUAUUCAGAGUCAGACAACUGGUGUAUGUGUUCAAUGCAAAAUUUUACGGAAAUUGGCGUAAUGUGACUGAAAUGGUGUUAUCGCAAGAAGGACAGUUUGUCUGGAGAAAUGUGCCUGGGGACCGCUCAUUCGUGGCACCAAUCGUGCAUCUCUUUACAAACACUCACCCGCCCCUUCCCUCCUAAAUAAACAGCAUGUCAAAGCGGCUUGUACAGACUUAUGUGUCAGGUGACAUGCUUUUUUGCAAAUCCUGUCAACAUACCAUUGACUGGAAAUGCAAUAAAAUAUGUGUGAUGACCACUUGUUGUCUAAAACCAAAGUGAAAAACAGAGAAAAACACUCUGCAAUUGAACCAUACACUGAAUAAUUUAUUUUACUCAACCAUUUACAAAUGAUUAAAUUUUGUACUUAGAGCACUUAUUGGUACAUUGUUAUGUUAUGUUUUGACUUGAAAUACUGGACAGUGAUGUAUUACAGCUAUAAAUGCAGGGAUACUUGCAUUUUAUUAAUUGACAUUUUAUUCACUUACACCAAAAGCAAACACCCUACGGUCAUUCAUAAAUGUAAAAAGGAAAAAAAAGAAUUUGAACAAAAAGAGAAAAAAAAAAAUCAGAUUCUACAGGGCCCUAUAUGUGUUGGUGCUCUGUUAUUUUACUGUAUGGUAUGUGUGUUUGUCAGGGUUUGUGAAAAUCCUGAACAACGAGAAAGACUUCUAUCAAACCUGAUAAAUGUAGUUCAGGAUUGUCCUGCAAGGUCAUCUGUGUAAAAAGUAUCAUCUGAAUACUAGCAACUGCAGCUUUAAAACCUGUGUAUGCAGUGAAUAACAUUAAUGGUGCAUCCAAAAGUGUGUAAGCUAGGAGGAUACAAAGUCCAUGAUUUCUAAAGAGAAUGUCAAAUUUUCAAUUCAGACCACAGGAAAAUUUUUCAACAGCCCAUCCUAAAUGGACUCAGGCCCAGAGAAGGUGCUGGUCUUUCUGGAUCAUGGUCAUGUGAGGUUUUGUCUUAAUAUUGUACAGUUUUAUCAGUUUAAUUUACAGCAGUGAACUGUUCUCACAGUGAGUGAUAGUUUGAGCCCAUGCAGUGAUUUCUACAACAGAGUCAUGUCUAUCUUUAAUGCACUUCUACUGUAAAGCUUGUGGCCCUGCAGUGCAGAUUUUCAGUUAUUGGCCUCUUGUACAGAGAUUACUCCUUUUUCUGAAUCUUUAAAUCAUGUAAUGUACUUUAAUGAUGGAAUUCCUCUCAAUUUCAGACUGAGACUAAGUAUUUGACACUGUCAGACUAUUUGCUCACUAAGUCUCUCACAUAGUGGAGAUCCCAUUUUUACCUCUGGGCUUUUUUUUAAAUUCUCCCUUUUAUACCCUCUUACUCAAAUCUAGAUAAUACAUUAAAGGAUAUUUGUAUCAGCUAGAUGUCAAAGUCAUGUCACAUACAAAAGGGAGAUUCAGUUUUUUUGUCUGAUUUUUACUCGUGGUGCUUUGGUAUGCUGCACUAAUAUACAUAAACUUUAAAGUGUAUGUCUCUCAAUUUAAAUGAUGCUUAUCUUACCAGCUGUCAUGAUAAAGGGACAAACAGAAAGCUCGUGUUUGAAACACAUUUAGAGUCAACUGUUAAAAAGUGCACGAUAGCACAGAAAUUCAAUAGACUGCAUCAUCUUCAGUCUUUAGUAUUCAUAGACUUUCAGGUUAUCUUGAAGUCAGCCAGCCUGCAUUUUCUGUUUUCCUCCAGCUUGCAUUAUUUUCUUCGCGCAUAUCAAACUUCACCAAGGGCAGCAGUUACCUCUCAAAUAAGAAAUACAGUAUUUUUAAUACCCAAUUAUACAGUAUCUCUCCUUAACCUUACACACAGUGUGUAUGAAUGGCUUGUGUUGAUGAAUUGAGGCUUUUUUCUGCUUCAGGUUAAACCAGCACCUUUUUACAAAUAGACUUUCAGCUGAUUCUGACAAAGGGUUUGUUUACAGUGUGGCGGCCUUGGUGCACACAGUCAUGAUAUUAACACAGGCUGCACAUUGGCUGCAUGAGUUUCACCCAUAAUAAGGUCAUAAACCAUCUUUAAUCUACUGUUUUCAAAUCGUCUUGACUUCAUAGCAGUCUUAAGAAUCGAUUCAUUAUUGGAAAGAGCCAAGAGGCCUGUGGUCUGCUGUUGAUGAUAAUUUAGUCGUUCAAAAACUUCCUAUCACUCUUUACUUAGCAGACUGUGUGUAUACAGGGCUGUUUUGGGGGUUAAUCUUUUAGCACAAAAAAAUCUGUAUUCAGACAGAGACAGACAGAGAGACAAAAAAAGGAGGACAGAGAGAAGGACAGAUCAGAUGGAGGAUAAGUUGCAUAACCUGAUGUUAUUGGAAUAUUACAAUGAUCUGCGUAAAGCCCAAUAAAUUUUGACUCUAUUUAUGUUGUUUACCAUAUCAAGGGGGGAUGCUUUGAGGUACUUGAAGGGAUACCCUCCCAAAACUGUGUGUCACAAGCCAAAUUAUGCGUGUAUAUUUGAAAAAGCUUUAUUUCUGCUGUAGCAAUAAGCAAUUUAAUCUAAGUGUUAUUGGAAUCUCUAAGGAUUUGGAGCCUUAGAGGUUUUCAAGCACUUCUACUUCUACUUCUGCUUUUUCCUUUUUUCCCCCCUUUUUUUCUACAUCCCCUCAGUCCUAACUUAGGUGGUAGUGCAAUUAAACUGACAGUAAAAUAAACUUAUAAUGCAGCACUAGCGAUACCACAGAGAAGUUUUUGGGCCAGGGAUGAUAAAGAAUCAGUUCAAUUUACUGUUCAGUUUGUUCAUUACUUGGGCAGAAAAGGUGAAAUUUCAAGAAUAAAGUCAGAAUGCUAGAAAAAAAGUUGAAAGUUAAAGUCAUAAGAUAGUUUAAAUUUGAUUUUGAGAAAAAAGUAGAAACUGAAUUAAAAGAAAAAAGUAUCUCAUAAAAUGGGAAGAGAAGAACAAAACUUAUUCCUGAUGUUAAGUACAAAGCAAGGGCUGUGUCCAAAAUGGCAUACUCAGAAGAUGAUUUGAGUAUGCUGUGGCUGCCCGAGCGUUUACAUACAGAUGCAUACUAAAUACCCCAGAAUGCAUUUCGUGCCGCCCGGACGCAGCGCUGGGAAAAUUUAAAUAGUCGUACCACAAGCUUCACAAAACGACUGCGUUCCGGACAAAUAAUAUAAAUUCAUUCAGUAAUAUUUUUUUUCUAGCGAGAAAGUAAGUGUUUACAUCACGAUAAUGAGCCCAGUUGUUUGAAAUAGUGGCUGUUUGUAAAUUUGUCUCUGCGUUUUCGGAGACCAAAGCGUCCGCUUGGUGGGUGUUUGCGUUUACAAACGGUAAACAGCGGGCAGCAGCAGCUCCCCCUUCACGUUUCCAAAUUAUUGCGAAGUGUUUUCAUAAUCAACAACUACACGACACAAACUGAGCGGCAGUGAAUGAAAAAAAUAACGCAAACACCUGUGUAUCCAUGGUGAUAAUGCUAUAGACCACCUGCUGGGCAACAUAAUUAAUAUGACCUCGUUCGGUUAUUCCUUGGCAAAUACAUCAUUUCCCGACUACAUUCUUUUCAUGUACAAUGAUAAUUUCAGAAACUAUCAGGUCGCCGCCAUGAAAGAAGACAAGGGCGUCUUUUCUUCAGGGCAGCUAUGUACUUCCUAAUGGAUUUUCAACCAAAAGUAAGAAUUAGUAAAGCUCACAUAUACAUUGUCAACUGGAAACUCCCUCUUUUGUAUAUUCUGAAUCAUGUGCUCUCUACCAAUAAUAAUUUUUUAUUAAUCAGAGGUCUGUGCUUAAUAUGAGUGACCACUUUGAUGAUGCAUUUAGAGAUAAGAAGAUGCUCAAACUUGUAAUAAAUACAUCUUUAAUAGACAAUAAAUAAAGUCAAUUCAUACGAAUAGCUAAAAACAUUACCUACAAUCCUAAUUUAAAAUACAAAUAAAUCUGGUAAAAAAAAUAAAAAUAUGAUAAAAUGAUAAAAAAUUGUGUAAUGUAUACUGACGAAAUAUUGUUUAUCUAUUUAUAUAUAUGUCAUUAUUAUUGCAAUCCCAUGCCAUCUAUUUCUUUUCAGCCUUGGGAAAGAGGGCCAUAUUGCCAGCUGAAGUGGGCAAUGCAUUGUGGGGCAGAAGCAGUACGUGAAGCAAGCUCUGCUCCAUACUCAGAAAUCAAAGCCGAUUGAGUAUACAUCCGGGCAUUUCUCGCAUACACAAAAUUCGCAUACUGUACAGUGUGAACGCACAGCCUACUCAAUUCGGGGGCGGGGUUAGUAUGAGUAGUACGAGUAGUAUGCCAGUUCGGACACAGCCAAGGAAUGCAAAUGUUUUCUUCUUCUUUAGCUUUUUAAAGUGGUAGGCAAACAGCUUUUACAUGUGCUACCGCCACCAUCUGAAGAGAAUACAACCAAACAUUGAUAAUAAAAAACAAACCGGAUCAUUUCAGCUUCAACGUGUCAAAUGUGUUAUAAAUUAAGAAUUUUUUAAGCACUGAAAAAUCCACGAACCUUCCCCUGUUGAGACUGUACUUUUUUUUAUUUUUUUUUUAUUGUUAUGACAGGGGUUCAUUUUGGUACAACCUUGCAAAGUUUUUGUUCAGUUUUAUUGCCUCAAAAAAGGUCUUUAUUUUGAGAAUCCAAACACCUCAAGUGAACCCAGACUGAUGAUUUCCUUCGCUAACACUUCCACAGCUUGCUGUCUCUGAAGCUGUUGAGUAAGGUGCUGGCUUUAGGCCAAAGUAGGUGCUUAAAUGGCAACAAACUAUUCUUUCAGUCUAGCUGUGGUCUCUGUACUUUGUGUACAGGAAGUGGGUGACCUUGCUCGGCUGCAUUUUGAGGAACGAGGAACUGUACAUCCUGGGAAUCAGCCACGAUGUGACAACCUUAACCAGCCCGCCUCUCUGCUGCUCUAUUAAUAGACACUAAGUCUUCCUCACAGUCUGUGGCCAUCCCUGCCUCUCUAUCUGUCUUCACCUCCUGUGAGAAUUGAAAUCUGUCUAGUGGGAAAGACUAGGGGAGGCAAAGAAUCGUUGCUAAAAUAAUAAUGACCUGCACAAAUCGACUCUGACACGUUAGAGCGGGACGCUGCUUGUCUAGGUGUUAGAACAGGUGACACAAGAAGGAGGGGAGGGUGGACUAUUAGAGCAGUUUGAUGAGACGGCAGUAUCUCUUGAGCUUACACAUACACACACCUUCUUAAUUGGGUUUAGUGCAUGUCUUGGCACCAGGUGCAGCCAGUUGUAGUUGAAUUAGUCUCCUGAACAGUCAUUUACUUCUCGCUGAUGAAGUGCUACUUUAGGAGGAGGAAAAGAGGAGGGGUUGGGAGGCCACACUCUUUCCCUCUCUCUCUACCUCCUUCCCCCGUAUCUCUAUCUCUCCAUCUGAUGAGGCUCCACCUCUCUGAGGUCACAGCCUCUUCACCUGCCACACACACAGGAGCAGCAGCGAUGGCAGCGCUGCAUUGUAAACUCCUACACUGCUCCACAGAAUACCAAGCGGCUCCUCACUUGGCCCUGGCUGUCAGGUCCUUCUUCAUUUUAAUGCUUCCAGGAUAAGACACAGUGCCACACUGCCCUCUGGUGGUGAUAAAAUUCACCUGCAGCUUCUGUAUCUGGGCCUUUUUUCAAGGAUUUAAAAAAAAAAUUUAAGCAAAAGAGGUGUUAAAUAUUUGAGGUGUUUCAUAAGAAGACAGAUGUUUGUGUCGGGCAGAGUGCAGCUGCUCUGUUGACGAUUAAUUUAUCAAGUUUCUUUGCUCCUGAAUCUGACCAAGAGUAUGGAAGUUUUGGAUGAAAGUGAGGCCACUUAGAGAUAUAUGAGGAACAAAAUUAAACAUAUAUACAUAGAUUAUUUAGCAUUUAAUUUUAAGUAAAGUUACUCUGAUGUUUUGUUAGUCAUCACUUGUCCACAAAUUUGACUUUAGUCUGAAUCCAAUGACACUAAAAGCAGGACCGACCAGCAGAGUUAUGUAUCUAUGCUUAAAUAUAAACACAGAUUAAGUAAUUGGUCUUGGGUAAUUGCUUCUCUUAUUUUGAAAAACAUGCUCAGAAAAUAUGACGGAUCAAUACCUGAUCAACAUUUGAAUAAUUGCUGAUUUUCUCAUUUAAAUCUGACCUGCUACUGUAAACGACAAAACCUUAAAAAAAAGAGAACAUCCUUUGCUUUUAGCAGCAGUGUCACUCCUGAACAUGUGAUGUCCUGCAGAGAUGGUUGUGCUGUAUCACUGCUAAAAAAAUAAAAGAGUAUUAAAGCUCUGUGUCUGACGCUCGACUGGAGGCAGCUAAUGGAAAUCUAUGUGUCAUUGCUCAAGGACACUCGGCGUGAUUAUGCAUGGAAUUACAACAGAGAAACCAGAGCAGAAAAGGAUCAUGAGUAAUGCUCUGCUUUUCUUCUAUAGCUGUGUAGUAAAGCAGCUCUACAUAGUCUAUGGAAGAAGAUAAGUCAGUUAUGAUUACUCAGUGAUGGCUAUUGUGCUUUAUUUUAGAAGUAUAGUGUUGCUCAAACUGUUUUAGUCAUAUUUUAAUCACCGCUUCAUUGACUAUGUUGUGUGGCUAAAGUAGCUGGUGAUGUAUAAAAGCAAAAGAUAUCAGUGUGAAACUCGGUAUGCACUGAUCGUUAGGGCAGAUCUAUUCAACUCAGUUCUUUGCAACCAUGUAUGCUUACAACAUUGUCAGCGCCGGUCGGUCCGUGCAUUUAGCUGGGUGGAGAGCUAAUGUUGCAUGGAGGGAGCUCAUUAUAGAGAGCUAAGCAGUUUGGAGGUAUUUCACAAGUAAUACUCUAACAACUUUUUGGAUGUUUUGAGAAAUAAAAUAGAAGCCAGAAUAAAGCAAGUAACAUUGUGAGGUUUAGUUUGAAAGUACAAAAAAAAAAGCAGAGAAGUUACUGGAUCAACUGAAGACCUUUAUUCAAUUGAAUACACAACAAAGACAAGAUAUUUAAUGUUCAAACUCAUAAACUUUUUUUUCAAACUAUAAUUAACUCAGAAUUUCAUGGCUGCAACACGUGCCAAAGUAGUUGAGACAGGGGCAUGUUUACCAUUGUGUUACCUCACCUUUCCUUUUAACAACACCCAAUAAACAUUUGGGAACUGAGGAGACUAAUUGUUGAAGCUUUGAAGGUGGAAUUCCUUCCCAUUCUUGCUUGAUGUACAGCUUCAGUUGUUCAACAGUCCGGGGUGUCCGUUGUCGUAUUUUACGGUUCAUGAUGCGCCACACAUUUUCAAUAGGAGACAGGUCUGGAAUGCAGGCAGGCCAGUCAAGUACCCACACUCUUUUACUAUGAAGCCACGUUGUAACACGUGCAGAAUGUGGCUUGGCAUUGUCUAGCUGAAAUAAGCAGGGGCGUCCAUGAAAAAGACAUUGCUUGGAUGGCAGCAUAUGUUGCUCCAAAACCUGUAUGUACCUUUCAGCAUUAAUGUUGCCUUCACAGAUGUGUAAGUAUUCUGGCUUUUGAACUUUGAGUCAAUAACAGUCUAGAUGGUUCUUGUCCUCUUUGGCCCGGAGGACACGACGUCCACUAUUUCCAAAAACAAUUUGAAAUGUGGACUCAUCAGACCAUAAAUGUUGAUAAAUGGCUUACGCUUUGCAUAGUAGAGUUUUAACUUGCACUUACAGAUGUAGCGAUGAACUGUAUUUACUGACAGGGGUUUUCUGAAGUGUUCCUGAGCCCGUGUGGUGAUAUCCUUUAGACAUUGAUGUUGGUUUUUGAUACAGUGUUGCCUGAGGGAUCGAAGGUCACGGGCAUUCAAUGUUGGUUUCCGGCUGUGCAGUCAUUUCUCCAGAUUCUCUGAACCUUUUGAUGAUAUUAUGGACUGUAGAUGUUGAAAUUCCUAAAUUCCUUGCAAUUGUACUUCGAGAAACAAUGUUCUUAAACUGUUUGACUAUUUGCUCAUGCAGUUGUUCACAAAGUGGUGAACCUCGCCCCAUCCUUGCUUGUGAAGGACUGAGAAUUUUUGGGGAAGCUGCUUUUAUAACCACUCAUGGCACCCACCUGUUCCCAAUUAGCCUGCUCACCUAUGGGAUGUUCCAAAUGGGUGUUUGAUGAGCAUUGCUCAAAUUUCUCAGUACUUUUUGCCACCUUUCCCAACUAAUUCAGCAAUUCAGGAACAUCACUGAUGAUGUGUCCAGACUAGGCAUCAGUAGAUGUAUGUACACAGCGAACACCCUGAGUUAUCAGUGACAGCCAGGAAAGACUGGAUGACAACCAUGAAGAGUGUGGUGACUACUGGAGAGUCGUGACAGCUCGGAGAGACGGCAACCGGGGCAGAACGGGUUAGCAACCCAAUCUGCAUCCUCCGUGAGGAGGAACCCUACCAAGCUACGAUGAACCUAAUGGAAAGAUAACUCCAGGGGUGCCCGAGAGGGGAGGAGGAUGAGCACCCCAAUCGGACGGACACUAUGGUUACAGACCCAAGCAACGGACAAUCGACCAGGAGCAAAAUGUGUACAUGCGGUAAGAUCUGCAAGAACAUCCAUGGCUUGAAGAUCCACCGAGCAAGGAUGAAGUGCCCCUAAGGAGCAGUAGCAACACAACGCACAGGUGUUACACCUGGUGAGACGCAGGAGGUGCCAGGCCCGGAGUCACCCCACAGUGCCCAGAACGUCCAUGUGUUGCCAACUAAUCCCCCAAGCAUCAAGUCUGACAGGAGGCGGAUCAGAUGGCCUGCAGCUAGCAUGACCUCACUCUGGAACCAAUUUGACGACAAUGUCGACCAAAUUCUGAACGCAAUGGCAAAGGGAGAUGCCGACGGGAAGCUACAAGCUAUGUCAGCGGUCAUUGUCAGUAUGGCAGCAGAAAGGUUUGGUGAAGAGGAGAAGAAAAGCUCCGAGCCAACUUACUCCAAAAAUCAAAGAGCAGUAAGGAUCCACAACAUCAGGCAGGAGAUGGAAGCGCUGAAGUCCCAGUUCAAGGCAGCAGGACAAGAGGAACGCACUGGCCUAGCCCAGCUAAUGUGCAUCCUUCGAAAGAAGAUCAGAGUUCUCCGCUGUGCAGAGCGGCAUCGGAGGUGUCAGCGCGAGAGGGUACGGAAGCAAGCUGCCUUCAUUGCUAAUCCCUUCAAGUUCACAAAGGAUUUGCUGGGGCAGAAGCGUAGUGGCAAACUGGCCUCCUCUCAGGAGAUCAUAGACCAACAUCUUCAGCAGACGUACAGCGACUCCGCGAGAGAGCAGGAGCUGGGAGAGUGCAACAUCCUCAUUGACCCCCCGGAACCAGAAGUGCAGUUCAACAUGUCGGAGCUGCAGCUAAAGGAAGUCACGGAGGUUGUCCACAGAGCUAGAUCAAGCUCUGCCCCAGGUCCGAGUGGCACUUAAUACAAAGUCUACAAGAACUGUCCCAAGCUUCUGCUACGUCUGUGGAAAAUUCUGCGCGUCUUCUGGAGAAGGGGAAGGAUCCCUGAACAGUGGAGAAUGGCUGAAGGGGUAUGGAUCCCAAAGUAGAAAACUCCACUCAGCUGGACCAGUUCCGCAUAAUCUCACUGCUGUGUGUUGAGGCCAAGGUUUUCUUCAGCAUCGUUUCCAAGCGGCUGUGUACCUACCUGGCAAAGAACACCUACAUUGAUACUUCUGUCCAGAAAGGGGGCAUUCCCGGUAUUUCGGGUUGUCUGGAGCACACCGGUGUGGUGACACAACUUAUUCGUGAGGCCAGAGAGAACAAGGGCAACCUGUCAGUGCUGUGGCUUGACCUGGCAAAUGCAUUCGGCUCCAUUCCACAUAAGCUCGUCCAGCUCACUCUGACAAAACAUCAUGUUCCCAGCAGAUGCAGAGACCUCAUCGCUGAUUAUUACAGCAAUUUCAGGAUGAGGGUCUCUUCUGGUGCAAUUACAUCCAGUUGGCACAAGGUGGAUAUUGGCAUCAUCACAGGGUGUACCAUCUCUGUGACGCUGUUCUCACUGGCCAUGAACAUGCUCACAAAAUCUGCUGAGCCAGAGUGCAGAGGGCCCCGCAUGAUCUCAGGACAACGGCAACCACCCAUCAGGGCUUUCAUGGAUGACCUUACAGUCACGACAGAAUCAGUCCCAGGCUGCCGCUGGAUUCUGAAGGGUCUAGAGAAGCUGGUGGCGUGGGCCUGGAUGCAUUUCUAACCCGCCAAAUCUCGAUCCAUGGUGCUGAAGAUAGGGAAGGUGGAAGACAAGUUCCGGUUCACCAUCACUGGCAUAGCCAUCCCAACUAUGUAUCUCAGAGAAGCCUGUCAAGAGCUUAGGCAAGGUUUUUGACUGCUGUCUGAGAGACACAACAUCUAUCCAGUCAACAUGUACUGAGUUGGAUGGCUGGCUGAAAUCCGUGGACAAGUCAGGCCUACCUGGAAAGUUUAAAGCCUGGGUAUACCAGCAUGGCAUCCUUCCCAGGAUCCUGUGGCCCCUCCUGGUCUACUCUGUUCCCAUCUCAACAGUUGAGACUUUGGAGAGGAAGGUCAGUGACCACCUGCGGAGAUGGUUGGGACUACCUAAGAGCCUGAGCAGCAUCGCUCUUUACGGGAACAGCAACAAGCUGCAACUGCCCUUCAAAUCCUUGGAAGAGGAGUUCAAGGUCACCAGAACCAGGGAAGUGGUCCAGUAUAGGGAUUCAAGUGACCCGAAGGUGGCUAAGGCUGGGAUCCAAGUAAAAACUGGCAGGAAGUGGAGAGCAGAUGAAGCGGUUGAAGAGGCAGAGGCAAGGCUCCGGCACAGAAGCCUGGUUGGAGUGGUCACUCGAGGCCGAGCUUGGCUAGGUUCUUUUCAAUCUCCCCAAUUGAACACCAAGGGGAAGGAAGGCCGACGUCUAGUUCAGGGCGAGGUGAGAGCAGCAGUGGAGGAGACAAGGACCUACAAGGCUGUAGGGAUGAAGCAACAGGGAGCUUGGAUGAGAUGGGAGAACGCAGUUGAGAGGAAAGUGACCUGGGCAGAGCUUUGGAAAGCUGACCCUCAACGCAUCAAAUUUCUCAUCCAAGCAGUAUAUGAUGUGCUCCCAAGCCCGUCUAAUCUGCACACAUGGGGCAUAGCAGAGACACCAGCAUGCCCAUUGUGCUCCAAGCGAGGAACCCUGGAACACAUCCUCAGUUGCUGUGCAGUGGCACUUGGAGAUGGACGGUACCGGUGGAGGCAUGACCAAGUCCUCAAAACCAUUGCGGAAGCUCUCACCGCAGGACUGGCAUGGGCUAAACAGUUCUGACCUUCCAACAGAACCAUCGCCUUUGUCCGUGCUGGGGACAAGCCUACCCUAGCCAGAAGAACACCAUCUGCAGGCAUCCUGAUGUCUGCAAGAGACUGGCAGUUGUUGGUGGACCUUGAAAAACAACUUAAGUUCCCCAGCCACAUUGCAGUUACCACCCUACGACCAGAUAUUGUCCUUGUGUCUGAGUCGACGAAACAAGUCAUCCUACUGGAGCUGACAGUCCCAUGGGAAGACCGCUUGGAAGAGGCCUUUGAGAAGAAGCUCUCCAAAUAUGCAGGUCUGGUCAGCGACUGCCAACUGGCUGGGUGGAGAGCAAGAUGCUUCCCUGUGGAGGUUGGUUGCAGGGGUUUUGCAGCCCGUUCCUUGGCCAGUGCCUUCGGUAGUUUGGGCAUCGUUGGGGAGAGGAGGAGGAGAGCCAUCCGCAAUACCACCGAAACGGCAGAAAGGGCCUCGAGAUGGCUAUGGCUAAAACGUGGAGAUCCAUGGAGUUAUGGUAGCUAGCUAGCUGUCUGGACACAAGCCGGGAUUUGAUCAACCCCGGCUGGGUCACCUGGAGGAGGGCGUAUGAUGUUGAAAGACCCGAAACGUCCAAUGAAUCCAGGAACAUCACUGAUGAUGUGUCCAGACUAGGCAUCAGUAGAUGUAUGUACACAGCACGUGUUGCAGCCAUCAAAUUCUGAGUUAAUUAUUAUAUACAAAAAAAUAAAUAAAUAAAGUUUAUGAGUUUGAACAUUAAAUAUUUUGUCUUUGUAGUGUAUUCAAUUGAAUAUAGGUUGAAAAGGAUUUGCAAAUCACUGUAUUCUGUUUUUGUUUACAUUUAUCACAAUUUCUCAACUUUAAUGGAAUUGGGUUUUGUAAAUGCACCGACUAAGUGGUGCACAGUUGCUCAGAUGUGGCUUAGCACAUCUGCAAAAUACUUGGGGCUCGGUAGCACAUAGUUUAAAGCAUGUAGAAAACAUAGAGUUUUAUACCAUGUCUUUGGUGCUUUUUUGUGGGCGUUUCUAGGCAUUGGUGGUCUUGUGCAUUUCAUUGUGAGACACAUUUCUCUCACUUAGUUACAUGCCUCUGUUUAAGAUGUUGAAGGAAUUGAAUUAUGCUUCUGCCUUUGGCUUAGGGCUGGGCAUUGAAACGAUAACAAUAUAUAUCGAAAAUUCAUUUCCCUCAAUAUCAAUACAAAACAUGGUCAAUAUGCUUUCUGAUAGUCGGCAUUCUGCCAUGGUAGACUACACGAAAAGCCUAUAAAAAGGGCAGUUUCUACGGGUCCACUUCACGCUUAGCCAAUCAUGUGCUGAAUUAGAACCAAGUAGCAAACAAUUUCUUAUUAGCAGGCUGCAGCUACACGCAGCCAUAGCACUUAAACAUGUGAAGCCGACAGCACUGUUGGUGAGAAAAAAAGAAAAUGGGCAGAAAUGCAGAUGACGGCUCAAAAGAGGAUGACAUCGUCGACAACACUGGCAGUAAAACGUCGGUGGUGCAGAGGUAUUUUGUUUGUUUCUUAAGUUGGACAUGAAGCAGAGUAAUGUGCACUACAAAUUAUGUAGAGUAUGUUGCAGAGACGACCAGUUUCUCAUCCCAACCCCCCAAAAGAAUGUAAGGCUUACAUCUGCUCACUGGAGACAAACCUUUAACACCAAAUCACAAUCCUUCUACAACCUGCAACCUCCUACAAACUUCCUAUCCUUUCACUUCAAAGAGACAAAGACACUGUUUAUGGCCAGCAGGAAAGAACUGCAGGACCACUCGAUCAGAUAAACAUCUGUCAUCACACCUUGACUGGUAAGCGUCAGGUUUAUCAGCUCAGCCAUAAAUCCUACAUUUGGUUGAUCUUUAUCGUGCUCUCUUUGAGUACAAUCCAAAGAGAAUAACUACAACUAGUCCAGUUACAGGUUGGAUGGACAGGACACCAUGAUCUUCUGUCAGUACUCAACAUGUGCAGUAAAACAGUCUUUGUCCCAUUUGCCUAUCAUGUUCAUAAGCCAAGAUCUCACACUGACUGAGUAAAUCCUUCAGUCUUAAAGUUCCUUGAGAUCAACAGCUUUCCCAGCUGUUUCAUGAACUUUUCAGAGCUGAGGUUAUUAUGUUUGAAUUACAACCCUAUUCUAGUAGGAAUAGUGUAGAAUUAUUUAGUUUAUCUCUUAAUCAUUUGUUUAGCUUUGUUAACCAUUAGGUAGUUGUACUGUUAGUUGAUAAUCUGAAUGUUGGUUUGUGUUUGUGUUAUGCACAGUUUCUGUGUGUUACUAUCUGUUUUAUUUCAGAGUAAUUUAACAUGAUCAAUGUUCUUUGAAAAGUGAUACUUAAAGCAUAAUGAGAAUGUUUGUUAAUGUGAUUCUACAAUUCUUUAUAUAUGUGUUUAGCAUCAAAUCCUUUAUUAUGAACCCAGCAUUCCUUAACAUUAAUCAUAGUGAGUGAGUAUUCGAUCUGACUCCUUUACUAGCCAAAGUAUAGGUUGGAUCAAAACAAUUAGGGCUCUUGAAAGUCUCCUGUCAGGAGGCUGCAGCUGGGGAUCAGGACCCCCUCCUUUCUCUCCUCACACCUUAGAGACACUCCCAGUCUGAAGAGUAUAAAACCAGUAAAGCUGGGGUGCUACCCCUCUCUGUUUUUUUUUUUCUCUCUCUCUUGCUUUUUCCUCUCUUGCCUUUUGCUCUUCACACCCUUGUUUUUCCUUUUUUUCUGCUAAGUUCCCUCUUAUAUUCAUCUUAUCAUCAUUUAUUGCAUGGAUGUUGUACCAUCAUUUAUCCUGUAAUAAACAGAUCAUUUAUUUUUCUAAGUUCUUGUCUGUUAGUGUUCUUCCAGAAGUGGAGUCCCUGAAAUGAGAAUUUUGGCUUGAGAUAUGAGAUUGAUUCAUUUAAGAUUGACUUAAUGUUUGAUUUCUGAAUUAAACUUUUGUUUUUCUUUAUUUUCCCACUGAAGGUGGGUGAUGCCCCUUUCGAUGAGUGCAAAAAUGUCAUAAAUUAAGAUUAUUAUCAAAUAUUAAUCUUAAAACAUUUAUUAUAAAUUAAAAUCGCUACAAGUACAUGUUCUUGCAAAGUCAGGGAAUACUUCAAAUCUUUUUCACCACCUGAAGCAGUGCCACUUUUUCCUAUAUUGCCCAGUCAGACUUUUUUUUUUUUUUUAACAAACUUUCAAAUAGAACUGUGCUUUGUUUAAGGUCUGACAUUGGAAAAAUAAACCAACUCCAGAUGGUUAAUGAGACCGGGCCCCAAAUUCUUCAUUUUCAGCCGUGUUGUUGUCCUCAUUGUGUGUGUCUCAGAAGAAAAUAAAUAAAGGGUGAAGGUGUCAGCUACAAGAGCCCAGGGGAAGAAGAGCAAGACGUUAAAUAAAAAAAUCUAUACUUUCAUUUUAAGAAAUCCGCCUAAAGCAUUUGUUUUGCUUUUGUCAGACCUGACAGAAAACAGCAGUUUAAGGAGCUUCCCCUCUAAAUACUGCACAUUGACAGCUGUUGACUAAAAGCAGGAAGUAAACACAAACACAUGCGUUUGGGUUUUGACGACCAGUAAACUCAUAAAUAUGCACUCACUCCCCAUCAGAACAGCCCAGUCAGCAGAUGCAGAGCGGUGACUUCCACUCUGGCAGAACAAGCGAGGGGUGUUUCUCCGUCCUUUUUUCUUUAUUUCUCUUUUACUGACAGAGUGGUAUGAAGAAGCCAUGCCAGGAGCCUUUAUGAAACAUCCCAUUUUUUUCAGCCCUGAUUUAUGAUUUAAUAAUUUUAUUAUAAUGUGAUUUAAUUAUAAUAUCAAAUCUUGUGAAUUACUGGUGAUGUCCUGUAAAAGUAUUGUAUGUAUUUGUGUAUUUUGGCAUGUAGGUUUCAUCCGGAGGGCAUGUGCACAGAUUUGAGAAAGUUCAUUGACGGCCCAAGUAGCUACCUCACGCUACCUGAUGAGCUCAAGACAGCAAUAGAAGCCAUCACGUAUAUCGCUGAGGCUCUGCAAGCUGAAAAGGACUAUGAAGCUGUAAGUUUCAAUUGGUUACGAUGCUGUAACUCCUUUUUUUCUUACUUCCCUGUCUUAUUUCCGUAACUAUUAAUAAUUUGAUUUUCAAACUCUGCUCUGUCUUCUUUUUUCCUGUCUGUCUGUCUUCCUCCAUCCUCUUAUUGCUCCUUUCUUAUAUCCCCUCAAUCCCUCUGUCCUCUCCAUCCCAUCACCCCUCCAUUCAUGUCCAGCUGAAGGAGGACUGGCAGUACGUUGCCAUGGUGGUGGACCGCAUGUUCCUCUGGAUCUUUGUUGUCUUCACCACUGUUGGCACUUUGGCCAUCUUUGCAGAUGCCAGCUUCAACCAUACACCCACUGACCCUUUCAAAUCCACCUGA